UCUGGAGGAGGAGGUACCAGGGGCAGGCUGAGGAUGCCAGUGGACAACCAGCAAGCCAUGGUGCGCAGGGAGUCCGUGGUCAACCUGGAAAACUUUAAGAAGCAGUAUGUCCGCAGGCGGUGGAAGCUGUCCUUCAGCAUUGUCUCCUUGUGUAACCACCUCACACGCUCCCUGAUGAAGAAGGUGCACUUGAGGGCCAGCGAGGACCUGGUGAGUGCGCGCAGAGCCCUCUGCUUGGGCACAACUCCUGGACUGUGGGAGUGGGGGGGAGGAGCAUAGUAACUAUUUCCAGCCUGUCCUUCAGGUCCUGCCCUCUUCAGCCCUGAAGGCUGCAGGGCGGCCAGUGGAGGGCGAUGUUUGAGGAGCCACCAGGGAUCCGUCCUUUCCCAUGGCCUCUUUAAGGGACCACUGCUGCCACUCCACCA